AUGGACGACGAAGCACGUGCAAUUGAACUAGAGCAUUGUGGCUCGAAGCGCGGGUUGCGCAAAUGUAACGAAUGUCGGUUUAAGCGAGGUGAGCUCAAGCCACGCGAGAUGGGGACUGGUAAAAAAGGCGGCACAACGAAAGUGCCCAUUCUCGCUAGCCGUCGGUUCUCCGCCGCUUUUGCCUUGCACCGCUACUUUCCGGGCUUUUCGGCAAGCCUGGGCUUGAAGCGGUCACCACCCGAUAUGCCUAUUAUUGGGGUUUACCGUGAGAAUCUUCAUGAACGCAGUUGGACUAUGUACAUUAUUCGAUGCCCCGAAUGUGGUCAAUGGCAGGAAUUACGAAAUUUCCGAUUCGGUCAUUAUUAUAAACAUUGGCAACCAGCCAACGGUCAUAACCGUGACUUCGAUCCCCCUGAGACGGUACCUGGAGAACAAGCCAUAAUAACAUAUGAGUUUAUUAAUUCCUUAUGUUGCAAUCGAUGUUUUCUUAAUGAAAAUGGUCGUGAUGCUCUACGCCAGGAACUUCUACGGUGGUUUGGGAGCGUCUAUCUAAGCUAUCGAGUCUGUGUACAGGAUGACUUAGGCUUGGGCUGGAACUGGGCAGAGAAGCAAGUUAGUGAGUGUCGUGCUGAAUAUCAGCAGGAAUUGAUGCAAAUCUUUGAAUCACCGUCCACAAUAUUUCAACAGAUUAAGAAUCGUGCACGCGAACACAAUGAAGGCUAUUUGAGUCUUACGGAAAUCGCAGUCCUUCGGCAACACUUUGACCAGUUGAGCGAAUUCUAUGAAAGCACGGAGGGGAUGGCGCCUCCUGACUGGUCCAAAGGCCGUGAAUUGUUCAAGAACCCCGACUGGAUGAAUCACUGGCUUCGUGAUUAUGACGUUAAAGAAAGUCAUUGGUAUUGGCUCCAUGCCGUGCAGACGAAGUUGGAGGAGAAGCCCGAGGCUCUAAUUGAGUGGGCCAUGGCCGACUCGGCUAGAGUCGUACCAAUGAGACUCUAG